AUGGCUGAAGAGGUCUCGAUGUUCAAAGAGCUCUUGCUGAAGCUGGAGAGCGAACAUCUCCGGGAGUUGAAGCUGCUCGAGGAGAACCUCCAGACUGCGAACCGUCUUUGCCGCCUGCAUCGGCUGGACGCUGCCAGAGAUGGAGGCUCAAGAUGCUUUGAGGAGGAGGACGUCGUCGCUCGGGAAGAUCUUCCCAUCAGCCGCUUUCCAAUGUUGAGACUGACGUCCGGGUCGACCUUCGAACUCUCCCAAGACACCAUGGAGUAUCAAGAAGGUGCAGCAAGUGGCGCAGUCAAGUAUGAAGAAGGAGCGGCACCGCCCCAUCAAGUCAAGUUCGAAGAGGGCACUACCACUGCCGCCACUGCCCCUGCCCAAGCGGUUGCAGUGAUCCCCACCAUGAGCAGUCAGGGAGAAGGACCUCUACCUCGCUUUGGAAGCAGUGGAAGCCUGAACGGAUCCUUCUUUGAGGCGGACAGCUACGAGCUUUGCAUGGGAAUCCUCAUCCUGGUGAGUGUCAUGGUGCUGGCUUUGGAAAUGCAGUACGAGGGCUACGUAAUCGGCUACGAGCUGCAGUAUCCGAAGCUGAUCCAUCCACCUGAGGAGGUUUGGCACCAGUGGCCAGUGGUUUUGCGCUGGAUGGACAGGACCUUCACAGGACUCUUCGUGCUUGACAUCAUGAUGCGAGUUUGUGUGCUGCGUCUCCGCUUCUUUUGCCAAACGUUGAAUCUCUUGGACUUCGUGGUGGUCUCCUGUAGUUUGAUGGAGGACAUUUUUGGGGACAACUUCCCUGUGAAUGCGCCCUUCCUACGGCUCUUGCGCUUCGCGAAGGUUGCUCGCAGCCUUCGGGUCUUGAAGCGAGCUCACAUCCUGGGGUCGCUCCACUUGCUGUUGAAGUCGGUGCGUGCAAGCGUAGCGUCUGGGCGAGAAAACAGAGCUCAGCGGGUCAUGGACGCGGCAGACUUUUUCAUGGACAGGGUCAAGGCCAGGGCCUUUAAGAAAGAGAUCCCUUCAUUGCAAGCCAAUGUGCUGCCAGAGUCGAAUCAGGGGCUUUUGAAGCAGAAGAAACUGUGCCAGACGGCAAUUUUGACGCCUCAUAAAGAGAUGGCUGUGCCAGACGGCAGUGUUGAAGUCUCAUGCAAAGACACUUGUGGCCGCUUGCAAGGCUCGACAGAGGCUUUUGAAGGAAAAGAUCCCGAAGUUCGGCAAGAGGUCUUCCGCCCCUUGGAGUGGAUCUGGCGGGGGUUAGGCUUCACUAACGAGGCUGCAAAGCAUGGCAAACCUACAUCGGGGUGA